AUCCCCCACCCGCACGCACGCUGCCCCCCGCCCGAGCUUCCUCUGGGUCCUGACGGAAUUCGCCACGCUCGCGGGGGAUUUUCCCACCCAAGCUGGGGUCUAUGAGCGGGAAGGUGAUCAAGCCCAAAGAAGAGAAAGAUGCUUCCAAGGUUAUGGAUGACGCUCCCCCUGGCACUCAGGAGUACAUUAUGUUACGGCAAGAUUCCAUCCAAUCUGCGGAAUUAAAGAAAAAAGAGUCCCCUUUUCGUGCUAAGUGUCACGAAAUCUUCUGCUGCCCACUGAAGCAAGUGCACCUCAAAGAGAACACAGAGCCGGAAGAGCCUCAGCUUAAAGGUAUAGUAACGAAGCUGUACAGCAGGCAAGGAUACCACCUGCAGUUGCAAGCAGAUGGAACAAUUGAUGGAACAAAAGAGGAAGACAGUAGCUACACUUUGUUUAACCUCAUACCUGUGGGCCUACGAGUGGUGGCGAUCCAGGGGGUCCAAACCAAAUUGUACCUGGCCAUGAACAGUGAAGGAUACCUGUACACAUCAGAACAUUUUACACCUGAAUGCAAGUUCAAAGAAUCAGUAUUUGAGAACUACUAUGUGACAUACUCCUCCAUGAUCUACAGACAGCAGCAGUCUGGCCGGGGCUGGUAUUUGGGUCUUAACAAAGAAGGAGAAAUAAUGAAGGGAAACCACGUGAAGAAAAACAAACCUGCAGCACACUUUCUUCCAAAACCCUUAAAAGUGGCCAUGUACAAGGAGCCCUCCCUGCACGACCUCACGGAGCUGUCCCGCUCCGGCAGCGGGACCCCCACCAAGAGCCGCAGCGUCUCGGGGGUGCUGAACGGGGGCAAGUCCCUGAGCCAGAACGAGUCCACGUAGCCAGGCCAGCCCAGGCCCUGGGACAGACCUCACCUCGGGAUGCAGUUCCUCCCUCCUCCACCCAAACUCCAGGCCAGGCCAGGCCCUGCUCCAUCCCCCUCAGCCGCAGAGCUGCUGGUGCCCAGGAGGAGCCGGGCACGGGAGCCUGGGAGCCCCGAGCUGGAGCAGCACCUGCAGGCAGCUCCGGCAGGAAACGUCCUGCUCUUUCUCUCUCUCACUUCUUUCUCUCUUUCUCUCUCUCUCCUAUGCUUGGUGGAAAACAAAACAAAAACGUUUCACAGCGUUCGCUGCUGAUAAGAAUUUGCUUUCCGACUCAGAAAAAGACCACUUUUGCUCUUCAAAGGAAAUUUUAAUGCUUGUAUGUUUUAUAGGGGCAAAGAAAAAAACAAAUAUGUAAACUCUGUUGUUUCCUUGGCUUACCGUUUUAUAUCUAAGGCUUGAUAAAAAAAAAAAUGUUUCCUUUAAUUUGGAAUAGUGCAACUUUUUGAUUUCUGAACUCCAAUGGGUCUUUAAAGCUGUGUCUUUAAAAAAAUAAUUCAAAAUUCAGGGUUGGAACUGAGAGUUGGUGUCUCAGGCUCAAGCAAACAGUGUUCUUGUGGUUUUAAACACAACGAAACAUAAAUUUUUAUAGAUUUGUAGUUUCUGGUAAAGUUCUUGUGCUAACCCCAGUCUGUAGGAAUUGAGUUGUUUUGUUAUCCCAAGUGGAAGUUAACAGAAAGGGAUAAAAUUAUCCUCCAGUGUAGAUUCCUCUUAAUUCCAUUUUGUGUGUCAUGUUAAACUAUCGUUGUGGCUUCUUUUCUAAAGACAGAAACUGUGGAAUUAAGGUGACUUAAUUUUUUAUAAGAAACGUCUUAUUUGUAAAAGUCCUUUCACUGUAAGGGGCACGUGAGUGUUGUGUAGGAGGAAGCGUUAGGACAGGUUACCCCCCAACAACUUCUACUUAUACAUGCUAUUGGAAACAAUUGUUCCAAAAUGUAGUUAGGUUUCCAUUUAGGUCAUCAUGUCUGUUGCAUGGGAGAAAGUUGGAAUAUUGGCCUAGAGUUGCAUGAUGUGUAAGAUUUUGUGCAUUAAUCAUCGUUGGAUUCUGUGCUCCAAACCUGAAUUAGUUCUGUACAGGCAGCUUUCUGCCUGGUACAAAGAGAGUUGUUUAUUAUUUGUUGUAUACACAACCAUGCACUGAAUAAACUAUUUAUAUUAAGAUGUACUUUUUAAAAAAGCUUGUUUGAUUAUAUGCUGUACAUCCAUGGUUAAUUUGAAGGGAAAAGGGUUGGCAAUUAAAUUAUAAA